CCAGUAAUUCACUUAUUCAGAGUCAUUUCCCAAUUUCCAUUUCCCCCCCACUCAAAAUCUGAUCAAUUACCAGCCACAAAUCCCCAUUCCCCAUUAAAUUAAAUCAAAUCAAACAAAAUCAACCCAUUUUCUCAAUAUCCUCUUAUUCAUAUUCCAUUAUCAUACCCUCCUAAUUCUGGUAAUUUUCUUACUAAAUUACCCGAUUCAUUUAAAAUUAUGACCACCCCUUUUUUCCAUACUCUUAACGGAAAAUCUAUAAAUGCCAACCGGUUUUACCCUCAUUUUAACAAUAACAAAAAGAAACUUGUCUUCCUCAUUCUUUCUAUGGCUUCCUCUCUAUUUUUCCUCCUCUUCUUUGCUCUCUCCUCCCUCUCCUUGGCGCACCACGGCCAUCAUUUCGCUGCCGCUGCGCCACCCCCUGCGGAUGCAAUCCACCAGGCCUGCCAGGCGACAAGUCUUCCUGAUGUGUGUCAAUCCAUGUUAUCGGGUCGGGCUGGUCCACAGGAUCAGACCCCGGUUGGGAUAAUUAAGGCGGCUUUUCAAGUCUCGUCCCAGAAUCUUAAGACGGGUCAGUCUAUGGUCCAGCAAAUUCUGUCCGACUCUGCCCAUAAUCCUAACCGCUCACGUGCCGCGCAGACGUGCCUUGAGGUUCUGGGGAAUUCCCAGGUUCGGACCUCUGCGGCGGAGGAUGCUUUGUCACGUGGGAAGCUAAAGGACGCACGUGCAUGGACUAGCGCCGCCCUUUGUUACCAGUAUGACUGCUGGUCAGGUCUGAAAUACGUGAAUGAUUCGGCCUCCAUAAACUCAACGAUGUCGUUUUUCAACAACACUUUGAUCGCAUCCACCAGCAAUGCGCUCAGCAUGUUGCGCGCGAUGGACGCACUAGGAUCCAACUUGGCCUCAUGGGCCCCACCCCGCACCGAGCGGGAUGGGUUCUGGGAGCCUAUCGCGGCGGGGACUGGCUCCGAUGAUAAAAAAUUCGGGUCGCUGGCAAGUUCUUUUACGAAGGAGGACGUGACGGUUUGCAAGGGAGCAGGGUGUACUUACGGGAAGGUGCAGGAUGCGGUGGACAAGGCGCCGGAGAAUUUGGUAGGAGGGAAGAAAUAUGUGAUUAAGAUUAAGGAAGGGGUUUAUGAUGAGAUAGUGAGGGUGCCGUUCAAUAAAAAGAAUUUGGUGUUUUUGGGAGAUGGCAUGGGAAAAACUGUCAUUACUGGAUCAUUGAACGUUGGUAUGCAGGGGAUCACCACCUAUAAUACUGCUACUGUCGGUGUCCUUGGUGAUGGAUUCAUGGCUAGUGGCCUUACGAUUCAGAACACGGCAGGGCCUGAAGCCCAUCAAGCUGUAGCUUUCCGAUCAGACAGUGAUUUCUCGUACAUUGAAAACUGCGAGUUCCUUGGUAAUCAGGACACUCUCUACGUCCACUCCCUCCGCCAGCUCUACAAAUCAUGCCAUAUUGAAGGAAAUGUGGACUUUGUAUUUGGCAAUGCAGCUGCCAUAUUCCAGAACUGCACCAUCCUAGUCCGUCCCCGCCAAAUUAAACCAGAGAACGGUGAAACCAAUGCUUUAUCUGCCCAUGGGAGAACAGACGCAGCCCAAACCACAGGGUUUGUCUUCUCGGGUUGCCUACUUAAUGGAACAGAUGAGUACAUGAAACUGUACCACAGCAAACCUACCAAGCACAAGAACUACUUAGGGAGGCCAUGGAAGAUGUACUCUCGAACCGUUUACAUCAACUGUAUCAUGGAAGAUCUUAUCAUCCCUGAUGGGUGGCUUCCAUGGGACGGAGAUUUUGCACUGUCUACUCUUUAUUACGGGGAGUUUGGGAAUACUGGUCCAGGUGCUGUUUUGACUAAGAGAGUCCCUUGGAGCAAACUAAUUCCUGCUGAACACAUCUCUACCUAUUCUGCACAGAAUUUUCUACAGGUUGAUGAGUGGAUCACGACAGCUUCUUGAUUUUUGGGAGCUUGUAAAUUGUUAUAUUGGAAUAUACUAGUUGUAGAGAAGAGAUUGUAAUGUCAUCUUACCCUCAGUUGUUUGAAGGAUGAAAUAUUACAGAUUUUGGGUAAGAUUAGUCCUUCACCUUCUGGCAUUACUCUAGAGUCAGUCUUUCAUUGCCUGUGUAGUAGUGUAUACAAUUUUUUUACGUCGGGAAAGAUAAACGAAAAAAAUUAACAUA